AUGAUCAGAAAAUGGUCAUGGAUGGGGUUAAUGUCGAGAAAAGUCUAUAACCAAGUCACAAACGCCAAUAUCUGUCGAAAUUCAAGAGACUUUAAAAGACUCCGCCACUCUACACGACACUGGUUUUGCUGUGCGGUUUAUGCAGAUCUUGAACAAAGCAUUGACUGGAUGAGGAGGAAUGGGAGAAUCAGGAAGGAGAUGCCGCCAUUGAAUGGCGACCUAAAUUCAAAUUUCGGCUUUAACAGUUUUGAUAGCAUCUGUUCAAUACAGAUAACCUCAGUACCGGUUAGGCUCUUAAAAACAAGUAAGGAUAAGAUAUCUGGAAAUGAUGGUAAUUUAAGUGUGAUAACCAGAGAAAGCGAUGAUGAAUGGACAAAAUAUAGAUAUGAAGCUUCGGAAAAUUUCGAGCGGUAA